UAGCAUCAACUGAUAAUGCCCAGUCAGUUGCAAUGUAGACUUAUGAAAAUGUGUCACGGAUUUAAGAUUUUUCUAAUAUUGAUCGUGAUUUUCGGAUCACAGUGUAAAAAUGUUGGUAACAGCAGAAAAGUAAGAUACACAGUGCGACAAGAUGAAGACGAUGGGAAAAGUAGCUUGGUUUUUGUGUUUGAUACAACUGGCUCUAUGUAUAAUGACUUGAAGCAGUUGAGAGAAGGCGCCGAGUUGAUUUUAAACACGGCUUUGGAAGAAAGUGAUGUUAUUGGCGACUUCGUGUUCGUGCCUUUUCAUGAUCCAGUGGUAGGCCCACCGACAGUGACCCGCGACAAACACGUCUUCCAGUCUGCUCUGAACAUCGUCCGCGUGUACGGCGGUGGCGACUGCCCAGAGAAGGCUCUGACCGGGAUACAGCUCGCGUUAGACGUGAGCCGCGCGCGCUCCUUCGUGUACGUGUUCACUGACGCCACGGCCGCCGACCACCGCCUCGUUGGGAAGGUUCUGGAUCAGGUGCAGAGGAAGCAGAGUCAGGUGGUGUUCGUGCUGACAGGCCACUGCAACGACCUCCACCGACCCUCGUACAAGGUCUACCAGCAGAUAGCGGCCGCCAGUUCAGGACAAGUGUUUAAUCUGAACAAGACCAGCGUACAUAAGGUGCUAGACUUCGUUCGGAGCUCUAUCAAAGGUCGCAGUGUCAACCUUGGCUCAGUUGUUCAGACCGCCGGACAUAACUACACACAAGGGAUUCCGGUGGACAGUACACUGUCAGAAGUUACGGUGUCGGUCUCGGGGGCGAAGCCUCAGAUUCGUGUGGUGAAUCCUAGUGGCGAAGUGGUCACGGGCCCACCACAACUGGUCACUACGUUGGACCUAUCUGAGAUUAUGGUUGUAAAAGUCCUGGAGCCAGAGGCGGGCAAUUGGACAAUAACAGUGGUCAGCGAGGACGACUACUCAGUGAAGGUGGUCGGCAUGUCCAACCUGACCUUCACCCACGGGUUCUCCGUCACCCCACCUCGUGAUGUGAGGGAGGCUAGCUAUAGGCCUUUGAAGGGCACAUAUAACCACAUGGUGAUAUCACUAACACAAACGGACGCCCCUGUCGACAUUAACCACGCGCAGAUAGUUUCCCUCGAUGGAAAGACCCUAUUUGAAGUGCCACUGAAAAGGUUCAAAGAUAAUGGAAUUUAUAUAGCUGAUGCAUUUGUUCCGCCGGAAGACUUCUUCUAUAUUGCGAUUGGUGGCAAAGAUCAUCUUAAUCAGGAACUCAGACGAAUCGGAGCAACUGCUGUUCAAGUGAAAUUGCCAGACAUCCCAUAUAUCACGACUCCGCUUGCGAUAGUCUCUCGCACCCACGAUCGUGUGACUCUGAAAUGCUUCAUAGAAAGUCUGGUGCCAGUCACUGCAUUUUGGACUAAGGACAUGGCUAAGGUGCAGCCGCAAAUAUCCGCUUUACAAAGCACGAGCAUCGAAUACGUGAUAGAGGACAUGAGCGAAGAACGCGUGGGGUCGUACAAAUGUGUCGCUAAAAAUGUGGCGGGGGUCGGCUCCGCGGACACGGAACUCACUUUGGCUGUGGAUCCGCCUCUUGUCUCCAUAGCUCCGGAGAACACCACAGUAUCUGUAGGUGACAACAUCACCAUAUACUGCGCGAUCUACACUGAAGCUUUUUUGAAAAAGUUCCAACUGGUUCAUUCUGGAAAUGGAUCCCCUAGCAAGUACUAUAACAUUAUGGUGGAGCCGAGUAUCGAUGGAGUAUACAGUUUCAACAAAACUAUAAUCCAUAUAAAUGAAACGGAUGGUGGUACUUACUCCUGUGUCGCAGCAAACAGAGGUGGAGAAAAAACAAACUCCACCCACAUAACCGUCCAAUCACAGCCCGUCGCUCAAAUCCUCGGGCCGCACACUAUCACACCGCUCACACACACCACCAUACAGAUCGCGUGUACAGUCGACAACGCGGAUAAGUUACGAUGGGUCGCCCCUAAUGGUUCUGUUGUCUCUGAACUUGAAGUUGAAGGUGUCUAUGUAGGAACUUUGGAUGUGGUGGUUGAGGCUGAUGGGUUGUGGAAAUGUGUUGCAGUGAAAGGAGAGUUUAAUUCAACAGAUGCGUUGGAACUGAAAACGUUAAUAAAACCGACAGCUCAUAUCGAAGGUUCCAGAAACAUGACAAUAGAGUUUGGUUCCUGCGCGCAGCUGACGUGCGUGGUGCAGGCCAGGCCGGAGCCUCGCAUCCUGUGGCAUCGGGAGACUGAGCACUUCCUCAACCAUACGAUACAAAUAAUAGCUCCUGACACAUACAAAAGUGUACUAAAAUUGAACAGCUCUCGCGAAAUAGUGGACGGUAUGUACUUCUGCUACGGCGAGAACUCUGAAGGCAUCGCACACGACAACGCUACUGUUAGAAUGAGACGGGAGAUGGUUGCUCUUCGGAAGUUUGAAGAUAUAUUGGUACCACCGUACACUAAAAUCGAGCUGCAUUGCGUCAUAGAUUCAUAUCCACCCGCCUCCAUCGCUUGGUACAAAGAUCAUAAAAUGAUCAUUGGUGAUCAAAACGUGAAGAUUUCGAACAGAAGUCUAACCAUUUUGAGGGUUAACUUUGACGAUCAAGGGAUUUACACUUGCGAGGCGAUAAAUGAUUACGAAGCGAUGAAAAUUGACGGAAAUCUUAAAAUAUUAGUGUGUCCGGAGAUUUCAAAAGAGACAGAAACAUUAAUCGUGCUGAAAGGACAAGCGGCUGUCAUACCAUGUAGAUUACUGCAAGGACACCCGACACCAAAUACAACAUGGCAGUACAAAGGAUUGGAGGGUUUCGGCGAUCUACCUCCAAAUUCGUGGGCCAAUCAUACAGAACUUACUAUAUAUAACGUAUCUGUUGAUAUGAGUGGUGAAUAUCGAUGUGUCGCUGAGAAUUUGUGCGGUAAAGACGAGUUUAUUACGACUUUGGUGGUGCACUCCCCACCAGAAUUAAUAAGUCCACAAACUGAAGAAGAAGAAAUAAUUAAUAUAGUGGAAGUCGGGGGCCUAGUCUCUUUAGAGUGUAAGGCCGGGGGCACACCGCGGCCCACACUAACCUGGAUGAAAGAUGGAAGAGCGGUGUCCUACUCCACUAGAGUUUACCUUGAUACCUUGGAUCCAUACUCUUCUAGUCACUCGAUAGAACAUCUGGUAAUUGAGAAAGCGAGACCGCACGACUCGGGCUUGUAUACUUGUAAUGCUGCCAGCGCUCUCGGUACCGUUCAAAAGGAGUUCUUAUUAAUUGUCUAUGAGGCGCCAACAAUACACAACAGUCUACUAUCAAGCCAAGUGACAGUGAAUGAAGGCCAAUUCGUGGAGUUGCCGUGUAGCGCUAGAGGACAUCCCAAACCAGAAAUAUUGUGGCUUCAUAAUGGACAGCCUAUCUCUGACUCUAGAAGAUCUGUAGACGAUACCGGAAUCAGGUUUAUUGCCAAUUUGACUGAUUUUGGAACCUACACGUGUAUUGCCAAAAAUGAAUAUGCUAACGCAUCGCUAGAAUUUUCUCUUUAUGUGUGGGUACCGCCAUCUAUCGAGCCGCCUUUGGAAGAUACGAAAAAAGUUUUUGUUGGUGAAAAUAUGACAUUACAAUGCAAUGUUGUUGGGUUUCCUUUGCCCAGUGUUAUGUGGGAAUUUAACGAUGUGAUUCUGACUUCAAACACGACGGAGUUUAGCUUUAAUGAAGUCGGAGAUAUGUUUAUUAGUAAUGCAACAUUAAAACACGAGGGUCGUUAUGUGUGUAUAGCGGAAAAUGUAGCAGGAAUAAUGAUGAAAAUUAUAUGGCUGAAUGUCUAUGAACCAUUAAAAAUUUUACCAGACAACUUCCAUGGGCCGUACAUAGCUACAAAUAUGGACACCGCUCUGGUGAUUCCGUGCAACGUGACGGGGAAACCUAAACCUUAUAUCGUAUGGUCCAAGGACGAUUAUUAUUUGAAUAACGACCCACGUUUCGUGUUGGACACGGACGGCAGCCUCACGAUCAAGUUCCCCACCGAAGACUUAAGUGGAUCGUACACGUGCACGGCCAAGAGCGAGUUGGGCGAGGUCAAUAGAACUGUCAACGUGGACAUUUAUUCCCUGGCUACACAGAUGCAAUCGGAAGAGUCCGCUAAAACCGUAAAAAUAGUGGAAGGGCAACAAGGAAACAUCGAAUGUCCGAUAUCGAUGUCGCCCAAGGAUUUAGUUAAAUGGUAUAAGGAUGCCAGAAUAGUGUCACGCGACCGACUUCGUAUUUCCAACGUGACGCGUCAAGACUCAGGCGUGUACGCUUGUGUUGUGACGAAUGCAGUGUCGUCUGCUUCUGCAAGUGUCCAGCUUGUUGUGGAGUGGUCACCCAUCUUCAUAGAGGAUUAUAAAAGGGAGGUAGAGGCGGUGAAAGGGGAGGACCAUUACUUUAAUUGCGAGGUGGAUGCUAGACCUGCUGCGAAGACCAAAUGGCUGUUCAACUCCCGUCCGAUGUUGUUCGAAGAGCGAUCGAAACUGAAAUUGCUGACGGUACAGAUGUGGCACACUGGUUUAUACCAGUGUGUGGUCGAGAACUCGCACGGCGCUGUCACGAGAAAAUUCUCACUCGAUGUUUUAGAACCUCCUUUCAUAUCAGAGUUCGACCUACUGGACGUGCAGCUGAAGGAAGGCAUGAGCGCUAGUUUAGAAUGUGACGUUCGAGGUACACCACCGCCUAAAAUAAAGUGGACUUACAACAACACAUACUGGUACACAGCCAACUCAACACUAACAACGUCUGAGAUAACAGCUAACUCCUCUGGUCUGUACCGCUGUGAGGCCACAAACAAAGCCGGGAGCGCACACCUAGUGUACAGAGUUAAUGUUGUGUCUCCCGCUAAGGUAGAGGAACUUGUGACGUAUAAAGAUGGCGUGGGAACAACUGUUGGAGAAACUUUAAAUGCUGUGAUAGGCAGUCGAAUUAGACUGUCUUGUAUAGCAUCAGGUGUUCCAUCGCCUCGCAUCCAAUGGAUCAGGAACGGGAAGCAACUCGCACGCGAAGAAGAACUGAGCUUCCUAGAACUGGUGGUGGAGAAUGUCCAGCCGACGCAGAGUGGGGGGUACAGCUGUGUUGUUGGCAAUUUAGGGGGGGUCAGUGAGAGGAAGGUCAGCAUUGAGGUUCUUGAACCUCCGACAAUAUUUCGCACGUUAUUCGACAACUCGACCCAAAGCAGUGUUAUGGUAAACCUGGAGGUGAUUUCGGGACAAGCCUUCUACAUGCACUGCCAUCCAUACGGCAAUCCGUGGCCACAGGUGUACUGGUUCAAAGAUGAGCUUCCCCUAAGACUGUUUGGCGGCAGCAUGGUGGCCACAGACAACGGCGAGGUCAUAGAGUCUAGGAGUGCGGAGUACGAUCAGUCGGGGAAUUACACUUGUAUCGCGAGGAAUGCUCUUGGGAACACUAGUGUCAGCUACUUGGUCGACGUUCUUGUGCCCCCACCGACCCCCAAAGAGAACCCAAAGCCAGUAACAGUUCGAGCGGGGAAACCACUGGAGUUGAGCUGCCCAGUGGAAGGCAGUCCUUUGCCCUAUGCCAAGUGGAUCAAACACCCUUACACGGAGCUCGUCAAUACGUCCAAACUUCUUCUAUUGCACGACAACUAUACUUUGUUGAUAAACAAAACCGAGGUGGCCGACAGCGGCGCAUACUCCUGCGUUCUUACAAACAGAGUGGGCACCACCGAGGUUGUAUUCUCGGUGGUCGUGGAGAAACCGCCGCGCGUGCAUACAGACGGACAGGACAACAUCGUGGUUGGGAGGGGGAGGAGUGUGCUGCUCAAGUGCGAAGUCGAUGGACAUCCGCAGCCGAAGAUUACUUGGUUGAAGGACAUUGUGCAGCUGAGCAGUAGCAUGUCCAACAUCCAACAGGCGCUGGGCAGCAGUCUGCUGGCGAUCUGGAACGCGGACGUCCGCGACGCGGGGCAGUACAUCUGUGUGGCCGAGAAUGCUGCAGGGUCCGACCAUAGACGAUUAAAUUUGGCCGUACAAGUGCCUGGUAAAUGGAGCGUGUGGUCUAAGUGGGACUACUGCAAUGUGACGUGUGGUCUGGGUUACCAGCAUCGCUCCAGGGUGUGCCAGUUUCUGGAUGAUGAGAACAAUGUUUUUGACAAGGGGACGCGGCCGGACAAAAUAAUAGUGGACGAAUCAGCUUGCAAGGGACAUGGGACGGACAGCCGGAAGUGUCACAUGCCUUCCUGUGAGGAGGGCUCUGGCCCGCGCUGGUCGCAGUGGUCGCAGUGGUCGGCGUGCAGCGCCUCGUGCGGCGCCGCCAUCCGCACCCGCACCCGCCGGUGUCGCUCCAAGGCUGUCUGCUACGGAGAUAACGUUCAGAUAAGCAAAUGUACCGAUUUACCAAAAUGUGAUAAUUAUGAUCAAUUGGAAAACGAGGUGUACAACAAGAAUGAUGAGGAGACCACAUCUCUUAGUCCGUACGCACCGGAAGCUACGUACGAAGUGGAACCUAAGCCCGACAAUGAUGAUGUCGAAUACCUCCGUGCCAAUACUUAUACGGAACGACAUUAUCCCCCGCCGCAGUACUACGCCGUGGACGUGAGCUCGAGCGCGCGAAGCGGCGCAUGCGCCGCCGGGUACUCGCACAACGUCGCCCGCGGCUCCUGCGACGAUAUCGACGAAUGCACAAUGGAAUCAAACAGAUGCCACGCAACGCAAACCUGCGUGAACACACUAGGCGGAUAUAAAUGCGGUUGUCCACCGGGGUACAAUGCUCAUGGAGUGGGCAGCCGAUGCUUGGAUAUAAACGAGUGUAUCCAAGACAUCGACGGCUGCGAGUUCGCGUGCGUGAACGUGGCGGGCGGGUUCGUGUGCGCGUGCCCGGGCACGCUGCGUCUGCGCGCCGACCGCCGCCACUGUCUCGAACCUUCUCUAUACAGAGAGCCGCUCGCGCUUGACCAAAGCGAGUCAGAUGACGUCUACUUGAGCACAUCUGUGGAUGCUCCCAUUAAGUACACGAGGAUUGCAGAUUAAAUCGACGUUGUUAUAGAUGCCCUAGAAUAAUUUGUCCUAAGCUGAAUAUAAUAAUAAAUUAAGAAAAUAUAUAAUAUUGAAGAUAAUUAUAUAAACUUAUGAAAUAUACAAAUAGUAGAAUAAUUCUUAUACAAAAUUCUGUACCCACCUUACACUAAAAUUAAACUCGUUUUUACUA